CGAAUUCACGAUUUGGUGCCCCAGCUGGAACCUCCCCCUCGGGUGCAAACGGGCCCAGCCUCCUCUCCAGUCCGUCAACAUGGAAUCUGGUUAGCCCGGGUUUACUGGUUCCCACAGGCGCCGCCUUCUUCUCGGUGCUGCUUAAUCCAGCUCAAAGCGUCUGUUGGGCUCGUAGGGUCCGUCCGCGCGAGAUCAUGGCUCUGUACGCGCGGGGAUCGGCUGCAGUGGCCGUGAUUCGACUGUGUAAUCCUCCACUCAACACGCUCAGCCCUGCAACAUUACUGGCUUUAGAACGAGAUGUGAAGCAUGUAAAUACUGAUCCCACUGUGAAAGCUGUUGUGAUUUGUGGAGCAAAUGGAAAAUUCUGCGCAGGUGCUGAUAUCAAAGGAUUUCCCAGGAUAGGUCAAGAAGACAUGCCCAGCUUGGAGGCAGUAGUUUCUCUGAUAGAGAAGAGUGAAAAGCCAGUGGUGGCUGCUAUUGAAGACGUGGCUUUUGGAGGAGGCCUGGAACUAGCACUGGGCUGUCAUUACAGGAUUGCAAAUAAGCAGGCUUGGGUAGGUUUACCUGAGGUCACAUUAGGCUUACUUCCUGGUGCUGGCGGGACUCAGCGACUUCCCAGACUGAUUGGAGUACCAGCUGCACUUGAAAUCAUCACCACAGGAAGACAUGUGCCAGCAACUGAAGCACUGAAACUGGGAAUCCUAGAUGGGAUUGUGGAAGGAAAAACAAUCGAAGCAGCCAUAAACUUAGCAGAAAAAGUAGUAGGACAACCGUUGGACCCUCGCAGGCUCUGCCAAAAACAAACUCCCAGGCUACCCAACAUGGAAGCCUUUCUUGAUGCAGCUUUUGUGAAAGUGAAGAAGCAGGCCAGUGGGUGCCUCUCGCCAGAAAUGUGUUUCCAAGCUGUAAAAGCCUCUGUGUACCUGCCAUUUGCAGAAGGACUUCGCAGAGAAAGAGAGCUGUUCAUGUUCCUCUUGACUUCAGGACAGGCUAAGGCAUUGCAAUAUGCCUUCUUUGCACAAAGGUUGGUGCAGAAGUGGGCAUUGCCCAGUGGAGCAUCUUGGAAAACUGCAGUCCCUCAGCCAGUCCGGAGAGCAGCUGUGAUAGGUUUAGGGACAAUGGGACAAGGCAUCGUGGCAUCUCUGGUCAAGGCUAAAAUUCCUGUAGUGGCUCUUGAACAGGAUAAAAAGCAUUUGGAGCUGGCUAGAGGAACUAUCACAGCCCUGUUAGAAAAGGAAGCUUUAAGAAUGCAACAGAAUGGCCAAACACUGGCUGCCUCUAUCCCUGGUUUGCCUCAGUUCACACUGGAUUUUGGUGCACUGAAGGAUGUAGAUAUGGUUAUUGAGGCUGUAUAUGAGGAUAUGGCUCUGAAGAAGGAAAUCUUCCAGAAGUUAUCAGCAGUCUGCAAACCUGAGGCCUUUCUGUGCACAAACACCUCUUGCCUUGAUAUUGAUGAGAUUGCUUCUGUCACAAACCGCCCUCAGCAAGUUAUUGGUACCCAUUUCUUCUCACCAGCUAAUAGAAUGAAGCUACUAGAGAUAAUCCAUGGUCAGCGAACAUCUCCCACUGCCAUUGCCACAGCCAUGAGAGUUGGCAAAGCUAUGGGCAAAAUUGGGGUUGUGGUAGGGAACUGUUUUGGUUUUGUUGGGAACCGAAUGCUGAAUUCUUACACUGAGCAAACAUACUUCCUUUUGGAAGAGGGCAGUACUCCAGAGGAAGUAGACAAAGCUCUGGGGGAAUUUGGUUUCAAAAUGGGUCCCUUCCGUGUUUCAGACCUUGCUGGGCUUGAUGUGGGCUGGAGAUCUAGGGAAGGGCAAGGCCUGACUGGUCCCAGCUUGCCUCUUGGCACACCUCCUCGUCAACGAGAGGGCAGACGAUACAGCCCACUCCCUGAUAUUCUGUGCGAGAAGGGGAGAUACGGCCAGAAAACUGGGAAGGGUUGGUACCAAUAUGAUAAACCUGGGGGAAGGGUAGCAAAGUCAGAUCCGUGGCUUCAUAGUUUUCUUGCUGAGUACAGAAGUGCUCAUGGUAUUUCAGUACGCACCAUUAGCCAAGAUGAGAUCCUGGAGCGCUGCCUAUAUUCCCUUGCCAAUGAAGGUUUCCGGAUAUUAUCCGAUGGAAUAGCUGCUUAUCCAGAAGCUAUUGAUACCAUCUACAUCAAUGGCUAUGGCUGGCCCAGACAUAGGGGUGGUCCCAUGUUCUAUGCUUCUGAGGUAGGGUUGCCUACGGUUCUAGCAAAAUUGCAGAAGUAUGCUGAGGCUAAUCCUGACAUACCCAGACUACAGCCCAGUGCCUUUCUGCAGAAGCUUGUAGCUUUGGGCAGCCCUCCUCUGAAAGAGUGGUCAUCACUUGUGGGAACUCAGAACAGCAAGUUGUAAUUGCACUGCAAGCAGUCUUGUUUUCCCAUUCCAAUAUUUUUGACUAUUCCAGUCCAGACUAAAACACAGUGCAUUGUAGAACAUUAUCAGUGUCUCUUCUGAUUCUAAUACAAUCUAUGUUUCCUGCCUAUGUGGGUGAAAUAUUGCUGCUUGCAGCAUGCUUUUUUAUCAUACCUUCUUGAAAUUGUGCCUGAGGGUCUCACUUGAAAACAUAAUACUUUCAUGUCUAAUGAAACUGCUCAGCCUCUCCAUGAGAUCAUCAUGGAACCUGGUUUGACAGCUCAGAAAGGGAAAGACAACUGAGAGAGAAGGCAGAGAGUUUUAAAAAUACAGUAUAUGUGACUUUCUACAGCCACUGUUUUUUCCUCCAUUUCUUUGUUUACUACAUUUAAAGUCGACCUGCCCAUGAGUCUGGGUGAGGCAGCCACCUCAGGUGCCCCCCCCCUCAAGGGGUGUUACCCCCAUUCUGCUGCCCAGCUUGCUGCUGGUCUCCCUGGACUCUGGGGCAAAGAGGGACUGAUGCCAAAGCUCUGUGGAAGGCCUCCCCCUCUGCCAAGUCAACAAAAGGAGGAGCAUUCCUCCACCCAGGUUUGCCACUGGGCAGAGGGGGAAAUCCCCCCCACCUGGUGGUGUAGUGGGGCUUUGCACUGACUUCUCCUGAAGGGAGGAGCUGAUGCAAAGCCCCACUGCCUGGCAGGAGAUAGUUCCAAAUAAAUUCAGAGGAGCAUAUCUCAAUUUCACCUGCUUCUGAUAGCUAUCAUGCUGACCGUUGCUCUUCCACAAUUAUUGUGUGCUAAGUAAAAAAAAAAGACCACUUCAAAGAUGAAAUGCAGUGAAGUGGAUAAACACUGCCGAGGAGAAAUGUAGCUGAGAAACAGAACUCUCAGCCUUGGAAAAAGCUCAGUUCCACCUUCUUACACAUUGAUGGUGGACAAUGAAUCUCAGCAACUGAUGUUUCAAAUGCUCUUCAGUCUAGCAUAAACAAGUGCCUCGUUCUUGCUGGCUGCCUUUUCUAAAUCAGUGUCUCCUCUCCUUUUCAAACCUAUGUGAUCGCCGAAUUCCUCAGUCUGUUUCUCUUCCAUAAUUUGGAAUUUCUGUUUCAGCAAGUACAGAAUAAGUGCCUUCAGGAACAUUGAUUUUAGGGCCUGCUGGAAAUAAUGUGUAUCAGGGAUUCCAUAAGCACCAAUGGUGCCAGCAAAAAGGGCUUCCAAGACUGCUGUACCAACCCCUGAGUCUGAAUUACAGUGCUGAGGCCGCAAGAUUGUCCAAACUUCUCUUCUCAGACUAAUCAUUUCUGAAAUCCAGGAAAUCAAAAGUAAAAUCACCAAGAUUCAGCAAGGAUUUACCCCCCUUAAAUAAAGCUAUUUUAAUUAAUCACA